GUUACCCCCCCCCCCCCGAGCUACAGAUGUGAGACCAGCACAAAGAGGCUGAAAUAGCAGCAGGGUCUGGAUGUCCCGAUGCCCGGACGGAUGCUGUACGCGCUAGGCCGCUCGCGGGUUAAAAAUCCCAGCGUUGGAGAAGGAAGGGCUGCAAAGUGUAGGGCCUGCAGGUGGCCCCCGCUUGCACCUGCAAGAGGAACUGGAUGAUUAGAGCUGUAAUUGCUGUGCGUCACAAUGACAGUUCCUCGCUAGAUGUGGCAGUGAAACCUAAAUAAAGAUGAGGACCCCACGAUGCAGACUCACGGGGGCUCUGGAGGGUUCACAGCGCCAACGAAGAGCAGGGGAGGGAAGCGAAUUGGUCAUAAAAGCAAGCUCAGGGUGGAGCUGAGAACAGACCCAGCUCUCACAAGACCCAAGCCACCUCCAUGCCCACUAAGCCGCACUGCCAAAACUUUUGGGGGACCUGCCCAGGGUAGCGAGACGCAAUCCAGCCCCUGUUCUAGCAGGUGUGCUGUCUGCUAUGUCCUUGGACCAGUACUCCUGUACGCUCCCUGCACUUUCGGAUGACUCAGGAGUGAGGGAGGCACAUGUCAUUUGCAGGGGACCCAAUUAGCUGGGACAGAAAAUGAGUCAUCUGUUAAUAAGCAUUUACUAGGCAGUUUGCAGGGGGAUAACAAGGACCUGAACUGAGUCAUUUCUAGCCUUGCAGGACCCCUCGUGGCCCCGGGGAGAAAGCAGCUGCUGUCAGGCUGAUGAGAGCGCGGCUAUAUUUAUUUCGGAGGCAUUUCCAAGAAGAUUCGGUAGGUGGUGGCCGUGGACUUCGUGGCCAGCCUCACCCGGCAGAAGCAAGCCCGUCCUCCCUAGGGCACGUGAGCAUUGCAGACAGGAAGUGGUGGGAGGGAAGCAGCUGCUGCAAGUGUGGCUGUGUCAGGCUCUGGAUCCUCAGAGGCCAGCCCCAGUGAAGUGUGUGCUGAUGACAGGCCUGGGUCCAGGAGCUCAGGUACUUUACUGGCUCCCUGAGCUGUCGGUGCUGGUUUCUGACCGUUUGUGGGGCCUGGGCAGGAUGGACAAGUUCUUGGUCAAAAAGCCUUCCCUUGGCAGGAGCAAACAAAAGCUGCUCGGGACCACGGAGGAGACAUGCGGAGACCUGGACUGUGCGGGAGAAGAGAGUGGGGGAGAGAGGAAAAGGCCCCGGCCUGAAAACACAGGCACGGAUGGAUCUUUGCCGCAUUCCCCGUGGCAGCACAUCCAGGCUGAGGGGCUGAGCUGCGAUUACAGGAUCCUCUUUGGCCAAGCCGAGGCUGAUGAGAUUCUCCAGCAGCUGGAAAAGGAGGUGGAGUAUUUUGAAGGUGAUCUCACUAAAGUGCAAGUGUUUGGCAAGUGGCACAUCAUCCCACGGAAGCAGGUGACGUAUGGAGACCCUGAGCUCACCUACACCUACUCAGGCGUUACCUUCUCACCCAAGCCCUGGAUUCCCAUUCUGCACCGGAUCAGAGACCGCGUCACCUUGGCCACUGGGCACACUUUCAAUUUUGUUCUGAUUAACAGGUACAAAGACGGGCGUGAUCACAUGGGGGAGCACCGUGAUGACGAGCGAGAGCUGGUUCCACAGAGUCCCAUUGCUUCCGUGUCCUUUGGGGCCUGCAGGGACUUCUUCUUCAGGCACGGAGCUUCCCGAGGGAAAAACGCCACGCGGCACAUAGAGCCGGUGAAGCUGCAGCUUGCCCAUGGCAGCUUGCUCAUGAUGAACUACCCCACCAACCUGUACUGGUACCACAGCCUGCCAACCCGCAAGAAGGUGCUGGCCCCAAGAAUCAACCUGACCUUUCGGAAAGUGAUGGCAUCAGUCAAACGGUGAGGCAUUCAACAGCUGAAUGCCUGCCCCCUUGGCUUUGGAAAUCAGGAGCUCUCUUCCCUUGCACAAGAGCUACUUAGCUUCUAUUUCAGGCAUGGCCUUCAAUGCCGCGUAGGCAGCAGGAGACGGGAACCUAGCUGAGGGGAAAGCUUUGUAAUUCAAGGGUAUUUAUGCUAGGGAAACAGACAGGUGGAACAGCCCUCAGUUGUUUAGCUGUAAACCCUGUAACCACUUGAUCUGGGAUGGCAAGAUUAUGUUCCCACAGUUAAGCACUGCAUUAACCCCCAUGGUAUACUGCUGCCAUUCUUAUUCAGGAAGGUUUAUUGUUGAGCCCGGCUAAUAGUCCCUCUCAGCAUCCAGACAUCAUCUUGGAUUGAAAAACGUCUCAAGUGUAUACACGAGUCUUCUAAACACAGCAAAGAACCAGACAAUAGAGUAAUUCUCCACGAGUCUGAAAGCUCAUGCCUGGUCUCGCUUGUUUUUGUGUGCUCGAGGAACGAGUCGCGUCUGUUUCAAAUAAAACAAGAUUCUUGUAUGAGGAAAAGCUGACCAAUUCUUUUAGUGACAACCCUUUUGACAUAAUAUGCAUGUUACUGUGGCCAAAGAGCAGCUUACCUGUAGGUAAGGUAGAGCACUUUUGUGGCCCUUUCACUGACGUUCUAAAACGGCGGAAGUGUGGCACGGGAUUUGUAUGCCUAAUUAAACCGAGGCUUUGAAUAUGC